CCUUAAUCCUUCAAAAAGGUGUUGACUCGUAUCGUCUUCACUAUAUGUCAGGUAUACAUUUCGAGAAUGAGAAAAAAUAUGAAAAAUUCUAUAGGCAAUAAAGUUUCAAGAAUGCGUUAUACAAAAAUGAAGAGGGAAAAAAUAUAUAACAAGUGUGCAAAAAAUAGAUUUGGUGACAGACUUUCUUGAAUCAAUUUAUUUCAAAAGCAAAAAAAAAAAAAAAACUACUUCAUCACAACAAUAUAUAUGAAAACAACAUUUUCCGUCUAUGUUCAAACCAAAACAACCAACAUAUAAAUUGGAAAUGAUACCGGGGAUCUUCGUGGAUGUUAGAACCCAAAAUACCUGCCUUUCAAAUUCAAUCCAUGCCCCCUGCGGAAUCAGAUAAAAAAAAAAAAAAAUACCACAAGCCAAAACAAAGCGGCACCAAAAAUCCAAACCAAACGGUUGGCCCAGAAUGAGAGAGCUCGUCAUCCUCGGCUCCUCCUCCAUCGUCAAUCCUCCAAACCACCACCUCCCCGACGGCCACCGCCGCCACCACCACUCCCCCAAGCCCAAACCCAAACAUUCCGUCGCCCCCUCCAGGCCCAUCCCCACCGUCCAUUCCCGCUCUCCUCCUCUCCUCUCUACCGUCCGAUAUGACAUCACUUCCCCUCCGGACAAGUCCAUGCUCAAGUACUACAGCGACCUCGCCGCCAAGCUCGCCGCUGACGGCCGCCUCCAAGAGUUCUCCAUGAUUAUCGAGUCCGUCGCUGCCUCGGGAGUCGCUGCUUCCGACUUCCUCUCCUUGCUCGCCCUAAAGCCCGUGGGGGAAGGGAUUCUGCAGAAUCUUCGCGACGGAAACGUUGGGGAUGUUCUCGAGGUGUUUAGGGAAGUAGAGAGGCUAGGAGUUUCGCCGGCGAAGCUUGUCGAUGAAGUGACUGUUGAAUUGUUCCAGAGAGAGUGUGGCCGCAUUUUGAUGUGCCAGGAGUUGCCAGAAAUUGUUGAAUUCAUGGAGAUUCUUGCCGGAUUAGGAUUCUCCAUUAAAGAUAUAGUACCGCCGAUGGAGAUUGUUAAAAUGUGCGUUGAUCAACGCGAUCCAGACAUGGCUGUGAGGUAUGCAAGCAUACCUCCCUAUGAUCGUAUGUUGUUCUGCACCAUCAUCAGCGAAUUCGGGAAGAGGAAAGAUUUGGAUUCCGCUUUGACAGCGUAUGAGGCGUUUAUGCAGAUCUUGAGCAGCCCUAACAUGUAUAUGUGCCGUGCAAUUGUUGAUGUUUGUGGUCUGUGUGGGGAGCCAAUGAAAUCCAGGCUCAUCUAUGAGGGGUUGCUCGAGAAAAAGAUCACCCCAAAUAUCUAUGUCUUCAAUAGUCUCAUGAAUGUUAAUGCUCAUGACUUGACCUAUAUAAUGCACAUAUACCAAAACAUGCAAAAUCUUGGCGUAACAGCAGAUACAACCUCUCACAACAUUAUCUUGAAGGCAUGUUGUGUUGCCGGAAGGGUUGAUCUGGCGCAGGACAUGUAUAACAAAGUGAAACAAUUGGAGCUGGCAGGAACAUUGAAGUUAGAUGUCUUCACUUACUGUACCAUCAUAAAAGUAUUUGCAGAUGCAAAGUUGUGGCAAAUGGCACUAAAAGUCAAAGAAGAUAUGCUGUCGUCAGGUGUCACCCCUAAUACGUACACAUGGUCAUCCUUGAUCAGUGCUUGUGGAAAUGCAGGUCUUGUCGAGCAUGCAAUCCAGUUAUUUGAGGAAAUGCUUCUAUCAGGCUGCAAGCCAAAUUCACAAUGUUGUAACAUCCUUUUGCAUGCUUGUGUCGAGGCUCGUCAAUAUGACAGGGCUUUUCGUCUUUUCCAAUCUUGGAAGAAAAAUGGACUUCAAGAAGCUCUUGGAGACCGUUGCAUUAGCCAAACAGAAGAUGACGUGUCUGAACCUAUGGAUCCUCUGCCUACAUCAAAUCAUUUGAACUUCAUAACUAAGUUUCCCUUUGCACCAACAACAACAACAUACAAUAUAUUGAUGGAAGCAUGUGGGACAGAUUAUCAGCGUGCCAAAAGUUUGAUGAAUGAAAUGAAAGAAGAAGGCCUUCCCCCUAAUCAAAUAAGCUGGUCGAUCUUAAUUCACAUGUGUGGAGCCUCAGGGGAUGCAGAACUUGCCGUACAGACCUUGAAGGACAUGCGUAUGGCUGGAGUUCAGCCGGAUGGUAUUGCAUAUACGACUGCUAUCAAGGUUUGCGUGGAGAGCAGAAACUUGCAGCUGGCAUUCUCACUAUUUGCCGAAAUGAAGAGAUACCUGAUUAAACCAGAUUUGGUGACUUAUAAUACCCUUUUAAGAGCUCGUACGCGAUAUGGUUCUUUACGAGAAGUACAACAGUGUUUGGCUAUAUAUCAAGAAAUGAGGAAAGCUGGGUAUAAUGCAAAUGAUUACUAUCUGAAGCAACUAAUCGAGGAGUGGUGUGAAGGUGUUAUACAAUAUAAUGGUCCCAGGCAAGAUCGCUCUUCUGGCCAGACAGGAACUGCCACUGGGAGACCCCAUAAUCUUCUUCUUGAGAAAGUUGCAGCACACUUACAAAAUGGCAUCAGUGGAAGAGUGGCUAUCAAUCUGCAAGGCCUCACCAAGGUUGAGUCUCGGAUUGUUGUUCUGGCCGUUCUUCGAAUGAUCAAAGAGAAUUACACUCUAGGACAUCCAGUAAAUGACGACAUAUCGAUAAUACUAGGGGUGGACGAAGUGGGUGCUGCAGAGUCUGCUAAAAAUGGUUCAGAGCUGAGAGACACAAUACUGAAACUAGUGCAAAACGACUUGGGGCUCCAGGUUUUGGCCUCCCUUCCUGGGUCUGCAGUUAAUAUGAAGAUCGGCCAGAAUAAGCAUCCUGAUUCUUCAUCUCCCAUACUAGAAGAAGAAAGGGUUGGAAGGACCAAUAAAAUGGUGUCAUCUUCUUCCACAAGACGGCCGGUUGUCCUACAGAGACUGAAGAUCACUAAAGAAUCACUGCACCAUUGGGUGCAGAAAAGAGCCGGUACUUAUAGUACCUGAUCAUUAUUUAUAUGUACAGAAUGCCCAAUUUUUGUAUAGUAAAUACGCAUAUUGCCGCUCAUUGUACAUCUAGGGCACAAGAACCAAAUAAGCAAGCGCUCUGCAUACUUCAUUGUAAAAUUCAUAGGAAAGCAUUGAAUAAAAACAUCCCAAAUUUUCAAUUGUGAACCUUCCAUUCUCUACUUUGUUCUACAAUCAUGAUCCUUUUAGCAGCAACUCUAGCAGAAGAAAUGCAACGCUACAACAAAUUCGAACGACCUAACUCCGAAUAUAAUUAUCAUCUUGAUCUGUUUCCAGUUACCUUUCAAAUCCGAUCCUGCUGCUGUAGGUUCAAUGCAGUUUCAGUGGCAGGUAAACCUCAGACAAGUAAUGAAACCCAAAAGAGCUCAAAGCCUGAAGAAUCUCAGCCUUCUGCUUAGUCUUCAUCAUCAAAGUCAGCUCCUAAACCCACCCUGGAUUCUUCUUCACGAAAUCCUCUUUCAACAAGUCCUUCCCUGUCUUCAUAUCCUGCUCUGUCAUCAGCAACCGGCAUUGCUCCGGUAUCUUAUACUUAUCAAAACCACUUGCCUGAAUUCCUAGCCACUCAUUGUUCGGCUUAGUCAGAUUCGCACUGUCGUACGAUAUACUCUUCGAUCCAUCGCAAUAAAGUCAAAAGCUAGCU